GGCUUAAAAGGGGACGCCUUACCGACCGCCGUUAGUAUUUGCAUAAACACCGUUUGUAUGUAUGCGCACGUGCGUCGCGCCUGACAGAUGAAAUUCUCAUGUAUCCUCAUCCUCUCAAAUCACUUUAAACAGAGGAGCUCUUGCUCUUGAUCGCUUACAAAUUCCGUUCUCCGCCGCCGAGCCGAUGGAUUCCGAUUCAGUUAUCGAGUUCUUAGGGUGUGUGCCGCUGCUUCAGAGGCUUCCUAGCUCAUCGCAUAAGAAAAUCGCCCAAGUUGUGAUCACCAAACACUACGAUCGCGGAGAUUAUGUAGUUCGUGAAGGAGAUGCUGCUGAUGGAAUCUACUUUAUAUGGGAUGGGGAGGCUGAAGUUUGCGGAUCAUUUCACGCAGAUGAUAAAGACCGUCCUGAAUUCAAUUUAAAGAAGUGUGAUUAUUUUGGCCAUGGUUUGGCAUCUUCUACUCAGCCAGCUGAUGUGAUUGCUUUGUCGAAGCUUACUUGCUUAGUGCUUCCCAAGGAGCAUGAGAGUUUGUUGAAGCCCAAAUCAAUUUGGAGUGCAGAUGACACAGAGAAGCCACUUGUCGAGCAAAUUCUGCAUGCAGAGCCUAUUGAUGUUAACAUUUUUCAAUGCAUUACAUUGCCUGAUGCUCCAAAAUUUGGGAAAGUUUUUGGAGGGCAGUUUCUUGGACAGGCACUGGCUGCAGCAUGCAAAACUGUUGAUAGUCUUAAGACUGUUCACAGUUUGCAUGCUUAUUUUCUUCUCAUUGGUGACUUUGACAUACCAAUUAUAUAUCAAGUGCAUCGAGUGCGUGAUGGAAAAAGCUUUGCGACACGAAGGGUGGAAGCAAUACAAAAAGGGAAUGUAGUAUUUACAUUGAUGGCUUCUUUUCAGAAAGCUGAAGAAGGAUUUCAACAUGAGAUGGCAACCAUGCCUUAUGUACUUGAUCCAGAUGAGCUUUUAUCAAUGGAGGAGUUGCGGGAAAGACGUCUUAUUGAUCCUCGCCUUCCCAGGACAUAUAGAAACAAGGUUGCUAGUGUAAAAUUUGUUCCUUGGCCUAUAGAGAUUAGGUUCUGUGAGCCUAAUGCUUCCUCCACCAAUCAGACUAAAUCCCCUCCAAGAUUAAACUACUGGUUUAGAGCAAGAGGAACACUUUCUGAUGAGCAAAAUCUGCACAGAUGUGUAGUCGCUUAUGCUUCUGAUUUAAUAUUUCUCCAAAUCGGCAUGAACCCUCAUCGGGAAAAGGGUUUGAAGACAUCUGCUGUCAGCCUAGACCACGCGAUGUGGUUUCACAGGCCUAUCAGAGCUGAUGAUUGGCUGUUGUUUGUUAUUUAUAGUCCAAUGGCUCAUAGCGCCCGGGGAUUCGUUGUUGGACAAAUGUUUACCCGGAAAGGAGAGCUCGCUGUUACGAUAAAUCAAGAGGGGUUAUUGAGGAAGGCCAGAACAUCAGCUCCCGCAGUUCAACCGAAAUUGUGAAAUUCACCGAGAGCUAAAAAUCGGAACUUGGGGCAACUGUAUAAUGAGGUUUGGUUUAUACAUCAAAUUUACCAUAUAAUUACAUAGCUGUGAAGCCUAUGCAGUAUAUGAGAUACAUCUAAAUAUCAAAUGUAUUGUAGUAUAUGAGAUACAUCUAAAUAUCAAAUGUAUUGUAGUAUAAGAGAUAUAUUAAGAUUGAUGGAUUUAUGGCUGAA